UAUUAUAGUAGUGCUAAAAACAAAACCUAAAAUGAAAAUGAAAGAUUUUAAUAUUUUAUUAAAAAUAUUAAUUUUUAUUAAUUUUUAUAUGAUACCAGCAUUAGCUUUAAUUACUUGUCCAAAAGAAUUUUUAUAUCAAAUUGGUGUUAAUGCAACAUGUGAAUCUAAAGAUAAACAAACAAUACCAUGUGAUGGAUCUCAUCCACUUCAUAUACAAACAGCAUACAUUGAUUGUACUGAAGAAUAUUUUAAUCAUAAAACACAUGAAUCAAUAUUUUGUGAUACAGAACGUGGAAUAUGGUCACCUCAGCCACUUCGAUGUUUUCGUCAUUGUGAUAAAUCUGGUACACCAGAAAAAAUUGAAAUUUUAAGUAAUAAAACUGAAUAUCCUUGGUAUGCUGAAAUAUUAAAGAAAAAUCCAACAUCAAAUGAUAAUGAUGAUCGAAAAGAAAUUAUUCCAGGAUUAAUAAUGACUGCAAGAAUGAUUAUGACAUGGGAAAAAUAUUUUGAUAAGAAAACUGAUUGGAAUUUAACAGAUUAUAUAGUUCGUAUUUAUGAUCCUCCAAAUCAUCAUGAAGAUUUCAAUAUAGAACGUAUAGAAUAUGUUAGCAGUGAUCCGGUUUAUAAUAUUGGAAGAACUGAUAAAUACGAUCCAUUUUGUGUUUUAAUCCUAACGAAUGAUAACUAUAUCAAAAUAAAUGAUAAGGAUACAAGACCGCCAUGUUUAGAUCAUGAAUUAUUUGAAAAUAAUAAUUGGUUUGUUGAAGUUGUAAGAGCGAUACCAGAAAACAAUUUACGUCCCAAUUAUCCUAAUAAAUGUCUAGUACCAAAAUUGGAUGAUAAAAAUGUUGAAGUAACAUGUUACCAAAACUUUAAAUCUAAACCAUUAGACAAAUGUCCUGAUAAAGUACCAAUUUUACAAACAAAAUGUAAACUUGGAUAUGAAAAAAUCAAUUCAACAAAUGAUGACCCACUUUCUACGUGUAUAGCAAAUCGUUGGAGUAUUAACGAUGAAAAUGAAAAUGAAAAUUGUGAAUUAAUAUGUGGUGAAACUGAUACUGAAAAUGAUAGUGAUAAUGAAAAGCAACAUAGUGAAAUAAAAAAAGCACCAUGGCAUGUUGCUAUUUAUUCAAAUAAAACCCGUAGUAUACUGUCAGCUUAUGAUCAAUUUUGUUCUGGUGUCAUUAUUGAUCAAAAUAUCAUUUUAAGUGCAGCACAUUGUUUUUAUGAUAAAGAAGAAAAAAGAACUGAAGAUCCAACAAUUUAUUUAAUUGCAGCUGGAAAGAGUUUUCAUAGCUUUAAAGAAAAAGAAGAUUCAGAACAAUAUGUUCAUAUUAAAGAAAUACAUAUCCCAACAACAUAUGGUAAAGAUAAUGAUUGGAGUAAUGAUAUUGCUGUAUUAAUUUUAAAUUCAUCAUUAACUUUCAAUUCAUAUGUUAAACCAAUUUGUAUUGAUUUAAAUUCAGAAUCCGAAUUGAAAACUGAAACUUCAGGACACAUAUUUGGUUGGAGAGCUACUACAAAAGAUGAUAUUAUAAAUAAUAAUUUACAAAUAUUAAAUGUAACAGCAUUAACAGGAGAACAAUGUAAGAUUGAAAAUAAUAAGGAUACAAAUUUUAAAUCAGGAAACUUUUGUAUUGCGAAGAAAAUUUCACCAACCCUUUGUAAAGGUGAUACUGGCGGUGGAUUCUUUGUAAAAGAAAAUAUAAAUGACAAGGAACGUUAUAUAUUAAAGGGAAUCAUUAGUUCAGAUAUAAAUCGUGGAGAAUAUUGUUCUAAUAAUUCUUUAACAAUACUAACAGAUUUGCAAUAUGUUAAAGAUUUCGUAAGAAAGACAGUUACUGAAAAUAGACAAAAAUUAGAUGAAAUUGAAAUAAUAAACUUAAUUUGGUAUCGAAUUUAUGCACAUGGCGUAUGGACAACACCAAAUUGGAUUAGAAAAGAAUUAAAUCUUACAUUUUCAGAAAAUCCAAAAACAAGAUUUUAUGAUUCAUAUGGUUCACAUUUGGUUCAUUUUUAAUUGAAAUAAAAUUUAUAAACACGAAUUGUCAAAUAUAAUAAGCUACUUAAUAAA